AUGGAUAAUAACAUAUCUGCUUGGCUUGAGGAAGCUGACGAUGAUAUGUUAGAUGAUUUUGACCCCGACGAAGAUGACAGUGAUGGAGACGUAUUAGAUAAUCCAGAAAAUAGUAAUGAAUCUGUUGAAAAUGAAAGUGAUUCCGAAAUGUCUUGUUCUGACGAUUCUAUUAGAAAUGAUUUUCGUGGAUAUAAUAAAGGUAAAGAUAAUAUUAUCAAGUGGUAUACUGACCCUCCUCCCCGUAAUGUUAGAACUCCACAAAGAAAUAUUGUAACACACCUUCCUGGUGUAAAAUCGGCAGCAAAAAAUGCUAAAACUAUAAUUCACUCUUGGGAACUUUUUUUUCCCAACGAUUGUUUACAAGAAAUUACUACUUGUACUAAUAUAUAUUUAUCGAAAAUUCGUGAUAAUUAUCAAAGGGACAAAGAUGUUUUAGAUACUGACGUAGAAGAAAUUCGAGCACUUAUCGGUCUCUUAUAUAUUGCUGGUAUGUUGCGAAAUAAUCACAUAAAUCUAUCCGACUUGUGGGCAAACGAUGGAUUCUCUCCAGACAUUUUUCGUGCUGUAAUGUCUGAAAGACGUUUUUACCUUUUACUUCGCGCCUUACGAUUUGAUAACAUACACACUCGAAAUGAACGAAAAAAAAUUGACAAUUUGGCACCAAUUAGAACGGUUUUUGAUGAAUUCGUAAAUCGUUGCAUAUCAUUUUAUACACCAGGAGAAUAUUGUACAAUCGACGAAAUGUUAGAGGGCUUCCGAGGACGAUGUAAAUUUCGUCAGUACAUAGCCAACAAACCUAAUAAAUAUGGCAUAAAGAUUUUUGCUUUGGUAGAUUCACGUGUAUUUUAUACAGUAAAUAUGGAAAUUUACGCAGGCAAACAACCGAUUGGACCGUUUUUACAGAAUAAUAGUGGAGCUAGUGUGGUCAAACGUAUGAUAAAACCAAUUGCUAAAACAGGCCGUAAUAUUACUAUUGAUAAUUGGUUCACUUCAGUCCCUUUAGCAGUCGAACUUCUAAAAGACUAUAAAACUACUAUGGUAGGUACACUGAAAAAAAAUAAACGGGAGAUACCAACAUGUUUUUUAGACACAAAAAGUCGACAAAUAUGUAGUACAAAAUUUGGAUUUGGUGACAAUAAUUGUCUUUUAUUGUCAUAUGUUCCGAAAAAAGGAAAAAAUGUUAUGAUGUUAUCAACAAUGCAUACACAAGGUGACAUUGAUCCAAACUCGGGAGAUAAAAAAUUACCAGAAGUCAUUUCAUUUUAUAAUAUGUCAAAAGGAGGUGUAGACGUUGUGGAUGAACUGAAAGGCGAAUACUCAGUUUCAAGAAACAGCCACAGAUGGCCUCUGACAGUAUUUUUUUCUUUACUCAACAUUGCUGGAAUAAAUAGUCAAAUUAUUUACAAAUCAAACACUGAUAUUGUUAUUCCACGACGCAAAUUUUUAAAACAAUUAGGGAAAGACCUAUGCAAACCUCAUAUGGUUCGACGACAAAGUAUUCCAACAUUAUCUAUUCCUCUAAGACAACAAAUGACACGAUUUAGUGGAGUCAUUUCAAGCCCAGAAACAGGAACCGGUACAAGUGGAAAAGCAAAAUGUUCUUAUUGUCCAAAAAAGGAAAAUCGAUAUACAGUGGUAAAUAGUAAAUUUAUAUUUUAA